AUGAGUUUAAAACCAUUCAGAAGACUUCUGUCUCUGACACCUCGACUCUUUAUUAACCAUUUCUGGUCAAUUCUGACAUCGAUAUUACUGUUGUCAUUUCUUAGUGUAUGGAUCACAUCAUCAGACCAAGAUGACAACAAAUGUACCUAUUCUAUUCUUAAUGAUUUCUGGAACAAUAAUGCAGAAAGUUUGAAAGAGUUCGGUUGGGUGUCCAGGAAACCACAGAAGAAAAUACUGAUCGUAGCGUAUAUGAGGAGUGGAUCAACAUUUACAGGCAGUAUUAUACAAUCUCAUCCAGACGUCUUUUAUAUCUUCGAACCUUUACAUGCUUUACAUCGAUACAAAAUCAAUUCUAAAAGAUAUCGAUCAACCACUUUUCUACUGGACGGACCUAGAGAAAUUGACGAUGUUAGUUCUUCUGAUGAGAUGAUUCAGUUGGUUUUAGAAUCUUAUUUUGCUUGUGAUUUCCUGAAUUUGGAUCUUAAGACCCUGCAAGAUCGGUUUCCUUUUUUAACUCACAGACAUGCUGCAUUUUCAGAAUGUGUGAAAGCCAACCCUGGAAUGAUCGGAGUGACACAAUGUUUGGAUACUCUUUAUCAACAUUGUUCAUCUGCCAAAGCAUCGGCGAUUAAAACAAUCCGAACUUCAAUGUUUGUUGCGCGUAAUAUGCUUCUCAAUGACCCGAAUUUAAAGAUAAUUUACUUGGUUAGGGACCCAAGGGCAAUAACUCUUUCACGACUAAAGCUGAAACGAAAGGAGCCUCAUAUGUCUGCUUAUAAUAAAACUGCCAUUAAUCUUUGUAAGCAUAUGUUAGAAGACCUAAAUGUUUGGAUAACCCUAAAACAAGAGUAUCCAACACAAGUUCUAGGGUUGAAAUAUGAAGAUCUUGCCACUAACCCUUUCGAGGUAUCCCGGAAAUUAUUUAAGUUUGUGGAAUUAGAUUUUGAUGUCAAUGUAGAGAGUUUCAUCCGCAAUAUUACCCAUUCUGAUCGUGAUGACAAAUGCAUUACAUGUACCCAUCGCAAGAACUCGUCAUUGGCGUCUCAGAAAUGGAGAAAUGAUAUCCAUGCGAUCGGAGCGAUGGCGGUGGACAAAUUAUGUGAGCAAGUUAAUUCUAUGUUAGGAUACAAACCCAUCACUGACCCAAUACAACUGUUCGAGUUUAAGUUUAAAUUGAGUUACAAUAAAGAAUUUUGA